CUUUUGCAUAAAUUUUCUUUGGCUUAAUGAAAUGAAGCCAAAACUUGAUUGCCGUCGUUAAGAUCAAUAUUUUUGCAGAAAUCGCUGUUGAUUAAAAUCACGUGUGGAAUUUCGUAAAAGAAUCUAGAAGGGCCCAGUCUAAACCAGAGAUAUCAGCACUGCAUCAUCAGGAUUGCUUAAUAUCAGACUUUGCACUGCCGAAAAGGACUUUCACACCAAGCUCUUAAAUUAUUACCAGAUAAUAGUUUAUCUUGUUCAUAUGGGUACUUGAAUAACUGAAGUGACAAUAGCUACUUAGUGUAAUGACAUUUUGAUGAAAAGUUAUCGGUCAAUGUAUAAUGUGAUAGAAAGUUUAUUGAAAAUGUUGCUUUGAAAUAGAAAGUUUAUUGAAAAUGUUGCUUUGAAAUUGAGCUGAUAUUUUUUUGGGGACUGUAAGAACAUAAAUUAUUAUCCCAGAAUGCUACAUAAGAUUACUCCAGUAGUAAAUUGGAUUACUUAAAAACAAGAACUAUAGAGAAAAAAGAUUACCGAUUUAAACUAUAAAGCCAUAAAAUAUAGUAAGGAUUCAGUAAGCAAACUUCUUAGUUCUUUUAGUGUAAUCAGAAUAAUAAAUAUUGACAAUGAAUCGCAUAAAAGAAAACUUGAACCAUCUUGGUGAAGAUAUUAAAGAGAAGGUGACACAUAUACAUGCUGACGAGGCGCGUGAAUUUCUAAUCGGAGGAACUUCGCGCAUGGAUCAAGUAUUCCUUUCCCACCAGACCGGUGGAGGGGAUGGGGAGUGUAAUAUCGACGUUUGUAACAACGAGCUGGAAAAAUCACAUUCCGAGCAUCGGACAAAAACUGCACACGAAAAUCAUGACGUUCAUGAAAAAAAGGGACCGAACUGCUAUCAAGUGACUUUGUCAUCAAUUGUGAUAAUUUCUUUGACAUGUUUUCUAUUAGUGGUGUGUAGAGAAUAUAUAAAAAAUUUACUCUUAUGGAUGGAGAACCUGGAUCUUAUAUCUAGUUUUGUGAUAUUUACAUUACUUUACAUCAUAGUGUCUUUCCCGAUGGCGUGGGGCGUGAUUUUACUCAUGAUAGCGUGUGGUUACUUAUAUGGACUUGUAUACGGUCCAAUAGUCGUAGAGGUGUGUAGUGCCAUAGGCGUCGCUGUAGCGCACGUUUCGAUGAAGAAGUUUUGUCGUAGUUUUAUAAUACGGAAAUUCUACAACGACAGUAUGACAGCUGUCAUCUCAGUUGUUGAUGGCAAACACGGAUUUAAGGUUGUGGCGUUAACAAGACUCACUCCAGUACCAUUUGGUCUUCAGAAUAGCUUAUUUUCAUUAACAGACAUAUCCCUCAUGUCAUAUGUGUCGGCGUCCACUCUCGGUAUGCUGCCGACUGCAAUACUCAACUGUUAUAUGGGAACGACCCUGCGAUCUAUGAAUGAUAUCCUCACAGACGAGACAAAUCAAGCGACGGGUUGGAUUGUACUUGUGAUUCAGAUCCUGUUCACCAUAGCGUUGAUGUACUUUGUUGUGCGGAAGGCGCGGGUCGAACUCAAGAAAACAGUCGAAGAUGAUGAUAAGCAUUUGUCAAAUAAGGGCAUUCCGGAAGUCAUAAUACACCGAGAAGCGACGCGCAUGAAUGGAUUCAUCGAUCGAUCUCGAAAAAAGAGCGGGGAUUAAUGAUAUGAAAAUUAGUUAAUGUUGUAUAAGAGUUUUAUAAAUUCACCUAGAGAUAAGUAACAUGUUAACAUUUGUCAUGAACUGUCAUGAAGUAAUUUUUUGAAAAAAAUUCUUACUGAACUUUCAGUGUAGGACUAUCUUGCUUUGCAAUUUCUGCAUAAAGAAAUCCUGAAUUAAUUUGUAGUCUUUUCUGACAUUUUGUUAAGAACUUUUUUAAUUGCUGCUUAUAUAUAUAUAUACAUGUAUAAAUUUUUAUUCACCCUUUUUAUCCAUUUUAAAUGAUUUUCAUACCAAUGGCAUACCUUGCUAUAAUUAUGCAUAUAAAAAAGAUUAAAUAGUUAAAUUUAUUUAAUCUUCAAAUUUUUCGAGUAAUUAAGUCUUUAUUGUUUUGGUGUGCAUUGGUCUGUAUUUUUGUUGAAAUCCAUUUAUGUUUUACACAUACAGUCGAACCCCUUUGGCUCGAACUCGCUUGGCUUAAUUUCCACGUUAGCUCAAACUGGAUGUAAAGGACCAAUUUUAUUCUAUUAAAUGUUAGCAUUACUGCUUGGCUCAAAUAUCCUGAAGCUGGAGUUUUUUUACUCAUUGCCUGGGAGUUCCAGCGAAGAGGGUUUGACUGUUGUUUUUUUUUGAAUCCCAGGAAUUCGUUAAUAGAUGUGAUUUUAGUUCAAGAUAUUCAGGGUUUUGAUAUUUGUUAUAUACUUAUUAUUUCUUUGGUGGUUAAGUGUUUUGUCGAGCCAUUUGGCCUAUAAGUUAUUCAAUCAGACCACAAAGGUUGUCAAUUGUUGUUUUUAUGUUGUCUGUUUUUCAAAGUAUAAAGUCAAGAUAUCAUCAUAGCCUUGGUGCCAGCAUCGGGAACUCAGCAGCAUUGGGAUUUGUUUCUACAUUGGCCACAGUUUAAACAGUGUUUCAGUGUUCGAGAUAUUCAAAUGAAACUUCAUACAAAUGUAAGUGUUAUGGUGAUUUUUUUCAAACUUUGCCACAGAUUAGAUACUGUUUCAGAUAUUCAAAUGAAACUUCUUACAAAUGUUGGCAGCAUGGUGAGUUGUUUCUACAUUGGCCACAGGUUAAUCACUGUUUCAGUGUAUGAGAUAUUCAAAUGAAACUUCAUACAAAUGUUGGCGGCAUGGUGAUUUGUUUCUACAUUGGCCACAUGUUUAUCACUGUUUCAGUGUUUGAGAUAUUCAAAUGAAACUUCAUACAAAUGUCGGCGGUAUGGUGAAUUUUUUUUUAACCUUGGUCACAAGUUAGACACUGUUUAAGACAUUAAAAUGAAACUUCAUACAAAUGUUGCCAGAGAUGAAACACACAUGUCAAGCGAGGCCCAUAACUAUAGAUAUAAUAUUUGAUGAAUUAUUUCCCUUGAAAAAUUUGGCGAGCGUUAUUGUUCUCUUCGCAGCACUUUUGUUGUUUCCUGAUUGUUUAUACAUUAUGAUUAUUUAUCAUCUUGCUCAUUGUUAGAGAUUCCAGUGGCAUUAUAUAUAUAAAUCGAUUCGUACUUGAUUCAAGUCGCUUGUAAUUUAAAUGCUUCUUUUGCUCUCGUAGGAUUCAUAUAUUUAAUAACAUGCACAAUACAACUACUUGAUGAAGUUAAUUUUUAUAUUUUUAGCUCUACUGGCCAAAGGCCAGAAGAGCUUAUGCGAUGGUAAUGUGUACGUAGUAUGUGCAUCCGUGGGGUCGUGCGUCCGUGCGUUCAUGCGUCUGUAAACAAUUGCUUGUGAACACGAUACAGUCUUCAGUUUUGAUUGUAUCUCGAUGAAACUUGUACAGUAUCUAGAUAUCCAUUCGAGCUGGGUUAUUUUCGAAAACCAGCCAGAUCCACCCAUGCAUGCCUAGAUUAUGGCCCUUGAUAGUAUAAAAAAAUGCUAUUGUGUAAACAAUUGGUUGUGAACACGAUACAGUCUUUAGUUUUGAUUGUAUUUCAAUGAAACUUGUACAGUAUCUAGAUAUCCAUUAGAGCUUGGUUCCUUUCGAAAACCAUGUACCGCCCAUGAAUGCCUAGAUUAUCUAUUUUUAGCCAGGUCUGCAUGAGCGAAUUCUAUUUUUAGCCAAGUUUACAUGUUCAUGUAAAUUCAAGUCUAGAGUUAAGGGAGACAAUUUGCAAGUCUAGGAUUUUGAGAGACAAUUUGCUUUUUGCUUCUGCAGUUGAUUUUGUGAAUUACUCUGCCUUGUUCUUGUUGAAAGCCCAAAGGCCAUUUUUUAGCUUUACGUUCUGUAGUUUGUGCAUUCAUCUUAACAAAAUUGGUUGUGAAUGUUUAAGUUAUUCACCUGGUGUCAUUACUGGCCACACCCAGGGUUCACAGGUUUGGUAAACAUAAAUCUGGAAAGGUUUGAAAAUCUUUUUGUGUGUUCGUGCAUCCAUCUCAGCACAAUUGAUUGUGAAUGUUUGUUCAAAUUGAUCAAUGUUGUCCUAGGAUGCCCUUGACUUUGACCUUUUGACCAACUUUUUUUAACUUUUAAAACUACGGAAAUUUUUACUAUGAGUACAGUUUUGAAAGCAUUUUUUUUUUGUCAGAUGACUUUUACUUGGCACAUAUUAAAAUAGUUCAUGCAACUAAUCUGCUUACAAUACUUUCUGGGCUCAGAUGUUGAACGACUGCUAUGUUUUCAGGUAACCCAAACACAAAACAUAAACUAUAUGUCUGUUGCCUUUUACCCAUACAUACAUGCUGUAGAUUGAUAUGACCACAAAAGCCAUGCCAGUAGAGCAUAGGCCCUUUUGGGCCUCUUGUUAAAUAAAAACAGCCAAAUAACAGGGCUUGAAUUAAGCACUCGAAUGUACGCUUGCAAAAUGUGAGUAAAAAAUUAGAAACUGUGAGUUUAUUUUUAAGGUUACAAGUUUAACAAAUACCUUGGAAGCAAAAUAAGUGAUGGUCAAUUUUUGUUAGGUUUAAAUCCUUUUUCCUAUUAACAGGCAUAAAAUGAUGACUUUAUCACAAAAUUUGAAUUUAAGUUUACUACAAGUUUAUUUUUGAACAUAAAUCCAGACUUCCUCAGCUUCCUCCGUACACUUUCUUUUAUAGGAAUCUUAUAUCUUUAUAAAAAUUGCGAGUGAACUUCAAAUUUUGCAAGUGGAAAUUUGUUUUCAGUUCAAGCCAUAAAUUGUUUUUGAACAUUAUCUGUUUGCAACAGCAUCAAAAUGGUUUAUUCACAAAUAUAAAAUUGUAGCUUAUAAUGAAUUUUAAUCUUAUAUUUCAUUGAUAUUUACAAUUAUUUAUGUACUCAAGUAGUUAAGUGUGCAAUUAUGAUUCUACAUUUUAGUCAUAUAUAUAUCAUAAUACACAUUUAAACAUGAAAACACUAGAUACAUUUUACCUCCUAUUUUUCUUUCACUAGUCUACGUCUUCCAAAAACAAUACUUGUAUACAUCUAAAUGCUACUGCACAAUACCAUUUCUUAUCAGUUAUGUCAAAGUGAUAGUAUAUUUGAAGAAAAUCUGUGUAUUAAAACAUUUAUAUGUAAGGCCACAAUUAAUGAAUAAUUUUUGUGUGGCAUUUCCUGACUCUCUCACAAAUAUAUCAGCGACCCGAUUGCAUUGAGUGAGACAUAGUUAUCACUAUGGUGAUGAGUGCGUGGCAUCUUGACCAUGCAUUUAAGAAUGUUCAAAAAAUCUUGCCAUGAAAGUUCACCAUUAUGAGGUGGCAUGUCAUGCACAAGACCCAAGUCUGUACCUCAAAGAUCAAGGUCACGCUGGGGGGUUAAGUGUCAAAUGAAGAACUGUUGAUAGGUCUGGUCUGGAUUGAGCCUUAUACAGGCUGUAUCUUUACCAUGCAUUAUAGGAUUUUCAUAAAACUUGCCUCGGAGGUUCACCAUGCUGAGGCAUAGUUUUGCAGGUACACGUUUUGUUCAACUAUAUGUUAUUCAAGUUGCAACUGCAUGGAAGAGCAUUAUGUCUGUGUCAAAGGCUCUUUCAACGGUCUCAAGAUGUCACGCUUUGGCUUCUUUUAUUUAUAAUGUUAGGGGUUAAGGAAGUAAAAAUAAUUGUAAGUCACAUGUACCUAAAAGUAAGUAAGGAAAAAGCCAAACAAACUUAUAAUUGUGGCCUUAGAACAAAUUAGAUGUGAUGGCCAACAUAUUUUGAAAUCCAAGUAAUGUUUAUGUGAAAGUGAUAUGUUAAUUCACUGUCAUCUAAUUUUACCUUUUUUCAGGUUUUCUAAAUACAGUGAUAGGGUUAUAUUUACAUUAUCAAGGAUAUAUUUUUAUGCUUUCCGGUCAUUUAAAGAGACUUAUCACUGAAAUAAAAUUUAUUUUACUAUGUUUCGCAGAGUUAAAAUAUUUAUUUUGAUAGUUUUCACUGUAAUAAAAUCUAAUGGCCUGUUUUAAUUCUAAAUUCAAAACACAGUGCGCACAGGGCUGGUUCACAGUUUCAACAACGUCAUUUCCAAAAUAACACUAUGUACUCAUACCAUUUGGCGCUUUUUUCUUAUUAAAUGCAGUUAAAUUGUCUUUUAAAACCACUUUUAUGCAUGUUUUAAAAAGGAAAAAUGAUGUUUGUUUCAAUUUAAGAUCACAAUUUAUUUACCUCAUUAACUCCACAAGUGAAUAUUUCAUGAGUGGCGUAGCCAUGAGUGAUAUAUUCACGAUUGGUAUUGAUGAGAUAAGAUAUAUGGCGAUUUACUGAGGCAAACAAUUAUCAUGCAUAUCAUUACUUAUCUGAUCUUCCAUGAUAAUAAUGGAGCAAAUGGCCAGAGGCUGUUUUAUCAGGAAUUCUAGAAGCGCUUUUAUACCUAGGAGUGAUUUUCAACAGUUCAGGGGUUCUUUUCAUCAAUAAUUCAAGGAGCCAAUUUGUCCCUGCAACAACAGGACUGCACAGUUGGAAGUCUCUCCUUUAUACAUCAAAUAUCCUUGGAGCAGAUUUGAACCAAAGAGAUAUUCAACAGAAACACUGUUGAAUUUUAGUCACGCCUUGGUACUAAGCUCUCCUAGGAUAAGUGUUGGAGUCUUCCCGAAUAAAAUGUUAACUUUUUCAGAAGCAUUUUAUCGAUGUAAAAUUAUGUUAUGAGUGAAGUUGUAUUUAAUUUGGGUCAUAUAACUUCAUGCUGUUCUCCAAAAAAAAAAAGCAAAUGCAGAGAUUUUUUUUAAGAAUGUAUGUUAGGCAUAAGACAAAACAUUGAUUUCCUUUGUAUAAUGUGAAAAUAUUGGCAGUGAUCAUUUUUUGUCAAUUUGUUGCCAAACUUUUAUAUGUUCUUUUUUAAAUCUUUGUUUAGUUUUCUUAUUAUAAGUACAAUGAAAUAUCUAAUACAAAUCAUG